AUAAAUAGGAACCGGCCCUAGAGCGAUCACUGCAUGCAUUUACAGAAUUGAUUAGAAGCAUGGGCUAUGGUGGAAUGGUGUGGGGUCUGGUCUUGUGGUGUGUUUUGGCUAGCCGGAAUGGUGUAGCCAUGGAGGAUGAGAGGUUGUUGGGGUUGGGUCAUGAUUAUGGAGAGGCCCUUGGGAAGGCGAUUUUGUUCUUUGAAGGGCAGCGGUCUGGGAAGCUGCCGUCCAGCCAGCGGGUGAAGUGGAGGGGAGACUCCGCGCUCUCUGAUGGCAUGCCUGAAAAUGUGAAAUUGAUUGGAGGAUACUAUGACGCCGGAGACAAUGUCAAGUUUGGGUGGCCCAUGGCGUUUAGUGUGAGCUUGUUGAGUUGGGCAGCUGUUGAGUACCGGACAGAGAUUUCUUCAGUCAAGCAGCUCACCUACCUUCUUCAAGCAAUCCGCUGGGGAGCUAAUUUCAUACUGCGGGCUCAUACUUCAUCCACCACACUAUAUACUCAGGUUGGAGAUGGAAACAACGACCACCAGUGCUGGGAGCGGCCCGAAGACAUGGACACUCCUCGAACGCUAUACAAGAUAAAUUCUACUUCACCAGGCACCGAGGCAGCAGCUGAGGCUGCGGCCGCUCUUUCUGCUGCCUCAAUUGCCUUUAAAGGGGUUGAUUCCAGCUACUCUGCAACGCUAUUAAAUCGAUCAAAGUUGCUGUUUGAAUUUGCAGACAAGUACAGAGGAUCUUACCAAGCUUCUUGCCCUUUCUACUGCUCUUACUCAGGUUAUCAGGACGAGCUGUUAUGGGCUGCGGCUUGGCUGUACAAGGCUAGUGGAGAAAGCAGGUACUUGAACUAUGUCUCAAGCAACCAAGGGUGGAGUCAGGCAGUGACAGAGUUCAGUUGGGACAACAAAUUUGUGGGAGCUCAGACACUACUAGCCAAGGAAUUCUUUGACGGGACAAAGGAUUUGGGAAAGUUUAAGACCGACGCAGACUCAUUUGUAUGUGCAUUGAUGCCGGGGAGUAGCUCUGUACAGAUUAGAACCACUCCAGGUGGGCUUCUGUACACCAGAGACGGUAACAAUUUACAGUAUGUAACGACCUCUUCCAUGGUGCUACUCAUCUACUCUAAAACACUAGCCGCAGCUCAAAUUGGAGGAGUCCAAUGUGGCUCUGCACAUUUCCCCACCUCUCAAAUCAGAGCCUUUGCAAAAUCACAGGUGGACUACAUACUAGGUAACAACCCCAAGAAGAUGUCAUACAUGUUGGGUUACGGAAGCAAAUAUCCAAUGCAAUUACACCAUAGGGGUGCAUCCAUCCCCUCAAUCCAUGCUCUUCCGGACAAGGUGGGCUGCAACCAGGGCUACUCAAGUUGGUAUUCCUCUACCGAACCGAACCCAAACACCCAUGUGGGUGCAAUUGUGGGAGGCCCCAAUUCUGAUGAUCAAUUCAGUGAUGUGAGAUCAGACUACUCUCACUCUGAACCCACCACCUAUGCCAAUGCAGCCUUUGUGGGUUCAGUGGCUGCCUUGGUUCACAAAACCAGAGCAGAGCUUCCGCGCGCAGAUGGGGCAGAUGAAUAGACAUGGUUGAUGUUUUGGGAUAUACCUAGAAUUACACAUAUGAGUAAAAGUGAAUGUAACUAAAUAAAAUGAUAUUCAUAUGGAAUCAACUGUUUAGUUUAUAUUA